AUGUCAGUCAACCAUUACUCCACGGACCACCACCACCACACUCUCUUCUGGCACCACCUUCACACCACCGACACAUCACAGCCAACCACACUCAACGAAGACCAAAAAGAGUCUCUCUUCGAGAAGUCUCUCACACCAAGCGACGUUGGUAAACUCAACCGUCUCGUUAUACCUAAACAGCAAGCAGAGAAGUACUUCCCUCUCAACACCGUCAUCUCCAACAAUGCUGACACGUCGUCCUCGGAGAAAGGGAUGCUUCUAAGCUUCGAAGACGAGUCAGGGAAGUGUUGGAGGUUCAGAUACUCUUACUGGAACAGUAGUCAAAGCUAUGUUUUGACUAAAGGAUGGAGCAGAUACGUCAAAGACAAACAGCUAGAUCCUGGAGAUGUUGUUUUCUUUCAACGACAACGUUCUGAUCCUCGGAGACUCUUCAUUGGCUGGCGUAGACGCGGCCAAGGCUCCUCUUCUGCUGCGAAUACGACGUCGUGUUUUAGUUCCAUGGCAGCUCCUCCUUAUCUUCAAAUCAACGCCUCUAGUCAUUACUCUACUAAUCAUACUCACUCAGAGUAUUCACACUAUGGAGCCGCCUUAGCAUCAGCGUCGGAGACUCACUCCAAACCGUCCUCUUCCGCCGUCGGGAGCUCGAGGACGGUGAGGCUUUUCGGUGUGAAUUUGGAGUGUCAAAUGGAUGAAGACGAAGGAGAUGAUUCGGUCACAACGGCAGCCGCUGCUGCUGAGUGUCCUCAUCGUGACAGCUACUACGGUCAAAACAUGUACACUUAUUACACUCCCCAGCCUCAUAACAUGAACAUAGGUUUCACGGGAGAUACGAUGAAGCAGGUUGGAGAUAGACGAGGAUGAGAGAUCCAAAGACGUGACAAGAAAUGACUAAAGGCUUUUACGAGAGUCAGACUUUGCACAUUCUCUUUAGCCAAUUCUCUGGAAAAUUUGUAUGCAAUUUUAAUAAAGAAACAUCUCAUUGGCUUCCGUACUGUAUGUAAAUAAUUUGGAAAAAAAUAAAUUAGAAAGGAGAAAACAGAUCGCUGAAUUU